AUGCCCGUCUCCCAAUCGCCCUACCUCCCGCGCAUAGUUGGCGGCUUCGGCAUCUUCGCCUUCGGCCUGGGCGUCAACGCGCUCUUCAACCCGCGAUCGGCGCUCGCGCUGUUCCAGUUCCCUCACCCGGGCGCCCGCGCCAGCUCGAUCGAAGACACGCCCGAGGGGAGACUCGUCGAGAGCGUCAUGAUGCUCGAGGGCGCGCGGACCAUCGCCCUCGGCACGGCGCUGAUGUCGACGUCGUAUUUUGGCAGCCGCAAGGCCCUGACGGUCAUGGUGUGGACGAGCACGCUGGUGGCCGUGGCAGAUGGGUUCAUCAGCCUGCGGCAGAUUGGCGGUGGACAGUGGGGUCAUUGGGGCUUUGUCCCCGUCGGCGUCGUGAUCGGGGGCUUGCUGAGUGGCCUUGCUGACUAG